AUGGAGAGAGCAGGAAAGUUAUCAAUUGAACUUCCGAAACCAGUUAGCCUUUCUCAGUUCAACAAACUCCUUCGUUUUGUUCGCAAUGACGAAUUUUUACAAAUCACCAAAUUUCAGGGUUUUGACGAAUUUGGGCAAAAACGAAAAACCCAUGAAAUUCCAGUUGCCGUUGAAUUUGUAGUUUCAAGAGCAAUGAGAAACGAGUUUUACACACGUUUUGGGAUCACACAAGAAAACGAAAGAGUAGGGAAGUACGGGAAAGUCGAGUUGAUUUCAAGUAAAAUUCAAUGUAAUUGGAGUCACGACAGAGUUGUUGUCUUUUUUGAAAGUGAAUGUCCUGUUGGUGUUGAUGUUGUUAAUCUGAACAGAUUUUCCCGAAACGAAGACAAGUUUAUUCAAAUGGUUGAGUUGAUGAGUGACUUUUUGACAGCAAAAGAAUUGGAAUUUCUGACAUCUCACAAUAAUGAGAUUGACCGGCGGAUUGAAUUUUUUGGAAUUCAUUGGUGUAUAAAAGAAGCAGUGUUAAAAACAACUGGAGAUGGAAUAACAGAGGAAAUGAAUAAAAUAGUAAUAACUGAGGUACCAUUAAUAAGAAUUCAAGAGAGUCGACAUGAGCUACAAUUAAAUACAAAAGAAACUCAAUUUUGCGUCGAAUGUGGAGGAGUUCAAUUGUUUUGUAACUUGUUUCACAUCAAUACUCAAUUUGUGUGUUGUUGUGCUUCUCUGAAGCAAUAUGACAAUGUUACAAUUCAAUUCACCCACUUCUUGUCUGACUUAUAA